CAGUCCUAGAGUCCAACGCAUCCCUUGGCACUCCUAGGAGGUUUCAGCACUCGCAGAGCACUCUUCCGCCUCGAGAUCUCUCUCGAGCAGAGCAAACUGAUCCAGCUCCCGGCAGAGGAAGUGACACAUUCCGGUUGACUAGUGUGUGUCGGUGCGUGCGUGCGUGGUGCGUGCAGAGUUUUCUCGAUUCGAGCCGAUCUAGUGUGAGCAGACGAACCUCAGGAUGAAGGCUUUCGUACUCGGAGCGUCGGUGCUGCUGCUGUUGGGGGCAGUUUCGGUUUCCGCCUCGUACGGUGCGGUGGCGCUGUCGUCGCAGUACCAGGCGCACGACGGGCACGGUGGCUACUCGUACGGCUACGCCGAGCCGAACUCGCAGAAGCACGAGCAGAAGGAUGCGCACGGGGUGACGCACGGUGGCUACUCGUACGUGGACGCGCACGGCCACGUCCAGCACGUGCACUACACGGCCGACCCGAUCAACGGGUUCCAGGUGUCGGGAACGAACCUGCCGAAGGGUCCGGCCCCGGCCCACGGCCACUACGCGCCCGCCGCUCACUACGCGCCCGCCCAUUACCUCCACGCGCCGGUCGUGCUCGGCCAUAACGGGGCGCCGAUCGAGACGCCGGAAGUGCAGGCGGCCAAGGCCGCCCAUUUCGCCGCCCACCUGGAGGCGAAGGCCCGGCUCCACAAGCGCUCGCUGUACGCCGGCGCCGCCGCUCCCUUCUGGGCCGGCUAUGGCCACGUGCCCGCCAUCCACAAUGGCGUCCCAAUCGACACCCCGGAGGUCCAGCAUGCCAAGGCCGAACAUGCGGCCGCCCACGCCAAGGCCCUCGGCUACGGAGCCGCCAGCGGACCCGUCGCCGAUACGCCGGAAGUGUCCCACGCUAAGGCCGCCCAUGCCGCCGCCCAUGCCGCGGCCCGUGCCAACCACCACCACGCCGUGCCGGUCGCGCACACCGCCACCCACCACCAUGCGUAUGCUGCCCCGCACGCGGCCCACUACCCGCAGCACGUGCCGGUGAUCAAGAACGGUGUCCCGGUCGAAACGCCCGAGGUGCAGCACGCCAAGGCCGCACACUUCGCGGCCCACGCCAAGCUCCAGGGAUACGCGCCGGCGCACGCCCACUCGGCCGCCUACUACCCGCAGCACAUCCCGGUCAUCCACAAUGGUGUGCCGGUCGAGACGCCGGAAGUGCAGCACGCCAAGAGUGCCCACUUUGCCGCGCUGGCCGAGGCCAGCGCCCGCAACUGGGCCGCUCCUGCCGGCCACGAAGACGACGGUUCGUACGACGGGCGAUGGGACAACCACUACUAAGGGCCCCGCCCCCCCGGCCCCCUUUAGCAGUCCCCGCAACUUGGCCAAACCGCAGCGAACCAACGAACCACCACACAGAGAAUACUCCUAGCCAAAUACUCACGAUCACGAUCACCGGCCUACGGGACCGGCGAGAUUCCUCCAGUAUUACUGCCGACUCCUUCGACUCCCAACCACCCGCCACCACCAACACCACCACCGCACACAGCUAGCCAAUCCUCUGCUGCGCCGUGCGCCAGACUUCUCGAGUGCGACUGUCACCACCAGUUCUCCGCGCGCGUCACCCGUCACCAGACGUGCGGUGGAACGGGGAGCGCCUCCAGAGUGCUCCUGCUCGUGAGUAGCUGAUCGCUCCCCGCUCGAUCCCCCCACCGGGGGGGGAGGAGAACCCUAAUCGUAGAGGUGCAACCCCACACACCCAUCCCAUCCACGGGGAUGGGUGAUAACCACCAGGACCCGGGACCAAUUCCCGUAGAAGAGCUUCCACGUAGAGCUUCAUCGGUGGACCCAGCAGCGACCAGAUCUCGCCGUGAGCCGCAGAAAACCGGGCCCGCACGCUGGAAGGCUGGGUAGACCGGGUGCGUCCACCGGGGGCACCAGGCGGCGACGGCGACGAAUACGGAAAAAGCAAUACAACAAACAGACAGAAACAUCCAGACACCGAAACUAAACGAAAAGCUACAGGCUAUAUUGUACGGGGCGGUAUGUAUCUGAAAUCGGACAUCUUAACGAGUUUGUUAUCACUAAAUAAAGAGAGAAAUAGUUUUAAAAGGCUUAACGUA